UUUGUGAUUGGCUGCUGGGAAUGGCAGAAGUUAAAAGUGUAGGAUUUCUCCUCAUAGCCUUACAUUUUCGGUGUCAUUAUUUUCUCCUUCUGCUUUCAUCGUAAUCUCCUUUAAGAUGGCCUCAGAACAUGACAGAGCUGUGCUCCAGGCAAUAUUCAACCCCAACACCCCGUUUGGAGACAUCCCUGGCUUGAACCAAAAGGAAGAAUUAAUUGACGAUGAGAGUGGCUUUGACACCGAGUUGCUGAGGCAGGUGAAAGAGUUGGAGUUACGGGGCGUCUCGGCGGCUGAGGCGGGGGAUUUGCAAGCUGCACUUCAACUGUUCAGCCAGGCAAUCCAGAUCCUUCCGCAGCGAGCCUCAGCCUACAACAACCGGGGACAAGUCCUUCGGCUGCUGGGUAACACGGCAGGAGCACUGCAGGACCUGGACCAGGCCAUCUCUCUGAGCGAUGGCACUGGACGGACCGCAUGCCAAGCCCUGGUGCAGAGAGGCCUGCUGAGAAGAUUGACGUGUCAGAAUGACGCAGCCAGAGCCGACUUCGAAAGAGCGGCCGCGCUGGGAAGUGAGUUUGCUCGACAACAGGCCGUGGUUCUCAAUCCUUAUGCGGCCCUAUGCAACAAGAUGUUGGCAGAAGUGAUCAACAAGCUGCGCAACCCAGAGGUGCCUGAGAUGCAGUGAUUUUAUUAGUUUCUUUUUACCCUUGGUGAAAUAUUGGUUAAUAAAGUCUUUUUAUAUCAUA